UGGAGGCGUUGGCAAAGGGAAGCGUCAUUUGUUGAAAGGGGAUCGGAGCCGACCGACCACAUAACAAACGAAAAAAGGCAACAGGCAACCUUUAUCUCACAUCGGUGUGAAAUGAAGGCAACAUGGGGGCCAAGGAGUCAAGUUUAGGUUUCCUCUCGUUUGACGAGGCCGUCAAGAGAGUCACAGAUGUGGAGCUGAAGCGGCUGAAGGAUGCCUUCAGGAGGACCAGCGGCCUGUCCUGCUACAUGAGCCAGCAGUGCUUCUUCAGGGAGGUGCUGGGGGAUGCGGUUCCGCCGAAAGUCGCCGAGGUGAUCUACACCUCAUUUGGAGGCUCCUCGAAGGGGCUGCACUUUAACAACCUCAUCGUUGGGCUGGUGCUGCUGACAAGAGGGAAAGAUGAGGAGAAGGCCAAAUACAUCUUCAGCCUGUUCGCCAGCGAGUCCGGCAGCUACGUCGUGCGGGAGGACAUGGAGAGCCUGCUUCGCACCAUGGACGGGGAGGUCCCGCCCUCACUCAGGAAGUGCUUUGCCGAGGGAGAGAAAGUCAAUUACGAGAAGUUUAAGAUGUGGCUGCUGCAGAACAAGGAGGCCUUCACCUUCUCCCGCUGGCUGCUGUCCAGCGGUGUGUGCGUCACGCUGACCGACGACAGUGACACCCCCACCUUCUACCAGACGCUGGCCGGAGUCACACACUUAGAAGAAUCUGACAUCAUUGACUUGGAGAAGCGCUACUGGCUGCUCAAAGCGCAGUCCAGGACAGGCCGUUUUGACCUGGAAACCUUUGUCCCCCUGGUGUCUCCCCCAAUUCACGCAUCGCUAAGUGAAGGCUUGUUCCAUGCUUUCGACGAAAACCGCGACAAUCACAUCGACUUCAAGGAGAUCUCGUGCGGUCUCUCAGCUUGUUGCAGGGGACCUCUGGCCGAAAGGCAGAAGUUUUGCUUCAAAGUGUUUGACGUUGACCGCGACGGGGUCCUUUCCCGAACGGAGAUCCAAGAGAUGGUUGUAGCACUGCUGGAGGUGUGGAAAGACAACCGCACUGACACUAUCCCUGAGCUGCAUGCUAGUGUGUCUGACAUCGUGGAAGACAUUCUGAAAACACAUGACACUACUAAGUUAGGGCAUUUAACCUUGGAGGACUACCAGAUGUGGAGCGUGAAGAAUGCCCUCGCCAGCGAGUUCCUCAACCUGCUGUUUCAGGUGUGCCACAUCGUCCUGGGCCUGCGACCUGCCACGCCCGAAGAGGAGGGCCAGAUCAUCAGGGGCUGGCUGGAGAGGGAGGCCAGGUACGGUCUGCAGCCGGGACACCACUGGUUCCUCAUCUCCAUGCAGUGGUGGCAGCAGUGGACGGACUUCGUCAAAUACGACAACCGGGUGAUCGUGGUGGAACAGCCGUCCAUUCUGGGAGCGGGGCGGAGCUCUCUGGGGGCGGGCUCAUCGGAGCAGGCGGACGGGGGCGGGAUGACCAGCUCCCACAGCUCCUCGGAGGAGAAGUUCUCCGACAAUGUCUCCAGUGCAUCAGAGGCCUCGGAGACCAACGGCGGUCUCAUCCCCUCCAGUUCGGGCACAGACAUCUGCUUCGCUCGGCAGCACAGCACCUCGGACAACAACAACCAGUGCUUCCUGGGGGCCAACGGGAACCUGCACCCCCACCUGGCGGCUCAGAGGCCGGGAGCCAUCGACAACCAGCCGCUGGUCACCCCAGAGCCCCUGAAGGCCCCCACACUGACCAUGGAGGGUGGAAGGCUAAAGCGGUCCCCGCAGCUGGUUCAGGGCCGGGACUUUGAGACGGUCCCGGAGCCGGUGUGGAGGGCCCUCUACCACUGGUACGGCGCCAACCUGAGCCUGCCCCGGCCGGUGAUCCGGGACACCAAGACAGGGCUGUCAGAGCUGGAGCUCUUCCCCCGCCACCUGCUCUUCCUGCGGCAGCAGCCUGCCAACCGCACCCCCCAGUCCAACAUGUGGGUCAAUAUGGGAAACGUGCCCUCUCCCAGCACCCCUCUGAAGCGAGUGCUGGCCUACACGGGCUGCUUCAGCAGAAUGGACACAAUCAAAGACAUCCACGACUACCUGUCCCAGCGGCUGCGCAUCAAGGAGGAGGACAUGAGGCUGUGGCUCUACAACAAUGAGAAUUACCUCACACUGCUUGAUGAUGAAGACCAUACUUUGGAGGGUUUGAAGAUUCCUGAUGAACAGCACAUGGUUAUUGAGGUUCGAAAUAAAGACAUGAGCUGGCCUGAAGAGAUGUCCUUCAUUGCAAACAGCAGCAAGAUGGACCGACACAAAGUACCAACUGAAAAGGGAGCCACGGGGCUGAGUAAUUUGGGCAACACAUGCUUUAUGAACUCCAGUAUCCAGUGUGUCAGCAACACCAAGCCUUUGACAGAGUACUUCACCUCAGGGAGCCACCUCUACGAGCUCAACCGAACCAAUCCCAUCGGGAUGCGAGGUCACAUGGCCAAGUGCUACGGGGAUCUGGUCCAGGAACUGUGGAGCGGAACGCAGAAGAACGUUGCCCCACUGAAGCUCAGGUGGACAAUAGCAAAAUAUGCCCCAAGAUUCAAUGGCUUUCAGCAACAAGACUCCCAGGAGCUGCUGGCUUUCCUGCUGGACGGACUCCAUGAGGACCUGAACCGUGUCCACGAGAAGCCCUAUGUGGAGCUGAAGGACAGCGACGGGCGGCCAGACUGGGAGGUGGCGUCAGAGGCCUGGGAGAACCACCUGAGAAGGAACCGCUCCAUCGUGGUGGACCUGUUCCACGGUCAGCUCAGGUCCCAGGUCAAGUGUAAAACCUGCGGCCACAUCAGCGCACGCUUCGACCCCUUCAACUUCCUCUCCUUGCCGCUGCCCAUGGACAGCUCCAUGCACUUAGAGAUCAUAGUAAUUAAGCUAGACGGUUCCACCCCGGUGCGGUACGGUCUGCGGCUCAAUAUGGAUGAGAAGUACACCGCCCUGAAGAAACAGCUGAGCGAGCUCUGCGGCCUCAAGCCCGAGCAGAUCCUGCUGGCUGAGGUCCACACCUCCAACAUAAAGAAUUUUCCGCAGGACAACCAGAAGGUCCGUCGGACGGUGAGCGGGUUCCUGUGCGCGUUUGAGAUCCCUGUGCCGGGGUCGCCCACGUCUGUCGGCUCGCCCACACAAACUGAAGUUUCUUCCCUGUCGAAUGGAACUCCCCCCGCCGCCACCAACAAUAACUCCGUGAAGCCCAGCCUCCUGCCCAACGGAAUGCCAAGCACCAUGGUGCCCUGCGGAACGGAGACGAGCCUCGCCAACGGCAUCCCGAACGGGCACGCGGUGCCCAUUCAGGACAGCCCCUUCACAGGUUACAUCAUCGCUGUCCACAGGAAGAUGAUGCGGACGGAGCUCUACUUCCUAUCCUCUCAGAAGAACCGGCCCAGCCUCUUCGGCAUGCCGCUGAUCGUGCCCUGCACGGUGCGCACCAGAGCGAAGGACCUCUACGACGCCGUGUGGAUCCAGGUGUCCCGGCUGGCCAGCCCCCUGCCCCCGCAGGAGGCCAGCAACCACGCCCAGGACUGUGAUGACAGCAUGGGCUACCAGUAUCCCUUCACUCUCCGAGUGGUGCAGAAAGAUGGGAGCUCCUGUGCCUGGUGCCCGUGGUACAGGUUCUGCCGCGGCUGCACGGUGGACUGCAACGAGGACCAGGCCGCCGUCGGCAACGCCUACAUCGCUGUGGACUGGGACCCUACGGCACUGCACCUCCGGUACCAGACCUCCCAGGAGAGGACGGUGGAAGAGCACGCCAGCGUGGAGUUCAGCCGCCGUACCCAGGCAGAGCCCAUCAGCCUGGACAGCUGCCUGCGAGCCUUCACCAGCGAGGAGGAGCUGGGGGAGGACGAGAAGUACUACUGCUCCAAGUGCAAGACGCACCGCCUGGCCACCAAGAAGCUGGACCUGUGGAGGCUGCCCCCCAUCCUGAUUGUUCAUUUGAAACGGUUCCAGUUCGUGAACGGGCGCUGGAUAAAGUCUCAGAAGAUAGUGAAGUUCCCCAGGGAGAACUUUGAUCCCAGUGCCUUCCUGGCACCGAGAGAGGUGGAGCAGAGCCACCAGGGGCAGGGGGAGUGUUCAGGGGAGGGUGCACUGGGGGCAGGACAAGUGCCGAAGCCUGGGGGCGAGGACACGGCAGCCACGCCUUCCAUGGCUGUGCCGGAGGGGCUUCUCAACAGCGUCAAAGGCUCUCCUGGCUCAGGGCGGAAGUCGGAUGGAGACGGCAGCCCGUCCCACAGCCCUAAGAGCACAGGCAGGAAGCCGCGGCGCCUGCGUCUGCCCCAGCUGGGCAGCAAGCACCGGCUCUGCGACAGCAAGGAGAACCUGGCCGCCAGGGAGAGCCCCACGGAGCAGGAGCAGGAGCCGGGCGUGCCCGAGGGGGAGGCUCCGGGGAAGGACUGCCACGUGACCGCAGCCAACGGGCUCAGGCACGAGAGCAGCAACGGCCACUCUGAUGACAACAUGGACCUGGAGCCCUCUCACGAUCAAAGAGACGAAAUCUGCCUGGACCCCAUAUACAACUUAUAUGCAAUUUCAUGUCACUCCGGAAUUCUGGGAGGAGGCCACUACGUGACGUAUGCCAAAAACCCCAAUGAAAAGUGGUACUGUUACAAUGACAGCAGCUGCAAGGAGGUGCACUCUGAGGAGAUAGACACGGACUCCGCCUACAUCCUCUUCUAUGAGCAGCAGGGAGUGGAGUACUCCAUGUUUCUGCCGAGGACUGACGGGAAAAAGAUGGCUGACACCAGCAGCAUGGACGAAGAUUUUGAAUCGGACUACAAGAAGUACUGUGUCCUCCAGUGAUGGUGGGGGCGCUGUUCUUUCAUUUGCGAAACGUGGCCCCCCGUGGUCUCCCAGAAGCCGAGGGAACUCCACCGUGUGUGUCCGAAAGCACAAACGCACCGCCGUUACCAGUAGUCAUCAGAAAUGGAAUUUCAAUCUGCGGGGUUGCUUUUUCCAAUGGUGGUACUUUUCAGCUGUUUCAGACCUGUAACUUACAGUAAAACAAGAGAAGGAGGAUUUAUCUGCUGCGUUUGCCAAGUGAACAAGUGUUAUAUGUGCUGGACUUAGAAUGAGAUGCAAUGUGCAUAACAUGGACACACAUAGGUGUAUAGGAUGUCUGCUGAAGAGCUGGAACCAGUCAUCAGCUGCCUGUUGGCCAGGUUGAUUGUGAUACCAGAGUGGGCACAGCAAGGAUCAUUCUUACAGGGCCAGUGUAGAAAGUACAUGGUGUCUGGCAGUUCAUAUGAACAUCUAAUAGAGAAAUGCAUACAAAGGAUACUGUAAGUGAAAGUUUCCGCUACUUUGCAGUACUAUGGACAUGCUGUCAGCAGAAAAAAACCUCACGCUACCUCAGUAUUUUUUGCUGUGUACUGGCUGGCUAUUAACAGUAGCAGGGUUAGAAAAUCAAAGCUGAAAUACACUUGAGAGAGUAAACUAGUCACUUCCUGCCUGAAUCUCGCACUUGCUCCUGUAAGAUUAACGUGUCUGCUCAAUAAAAUGGCCCCCAUUAAGAUUACAGACAUUAGGGAGACCUGUGGUUUGCACUUCGACUGCCAAAACCAGGGAUUUUGUGAAGAUGGCGUAUGUGUAAAAAUGUAUUUGGCAUUUGGUGAAUUUGAUGCACUUUUUUAAGUUGUAAGCUUGAUUUGAAUUUUUUUGGUUUGUAUUAUGGAUGGGUGCCAUACAGUAUGCGUCAAAGAGUUUCGGGCCAUUUAAAGUAUUUUUUAUUAAUCUUUUUUUUAAUUAUUUGUUUUGCUCAAGAAUUGAUUU